AUGACGAACAUUGCUAUCCGUGAACUGGCUGAGUUUUUGAAGAAAGAUAACCAUGGCCUGGCGAGGGGCAACAGUGAACUUAUUGAACUAAAUGUAAGUUACAAUGAUGGUUUAUUAACAGCUGAAGCUGCUGAAUAUUUAAGCGAUGCUCUGAAAAGUGACAACUGUAAACUUACUAAACUAGAUGUAAGUAGCAAUGAUUUAACAGCUGACAGUGUUAAAUAUUUAAGUGAAGCUUUGAAGACUGACAGCUGUAAACUUACCAAAUUAGUUAUAAGUGGCAGUGCUUUAACACUUGAAGGUGCUAAAUAUUUGAGUGAGGCUCUGAAGAGUGACAACUGUAAACUUACUGAACUAGAUGUAAGUAGCAAUGAUUUAGCGGCUGACAGUGCUAAAUGUUUAAGUGAUGCCCUGGAGAGUCGCAACUGUAAACUUACUAAACUAGAUGUAAGUGACAAUGUUUUUACAGCUGAAGGUGCUAAAUAUUUAAGCGAUGCUCUGAAGAGUCGCAACUGUGAACUUACUGAACUAGAUGUACAUGACAAUAUGUUUACAGAUAAAGGUGCUGAGUAUUUAGGUAAUGCUCUGAAGAGUCAUAACUGUAAACUUACUAAGCUAGAUGUCCAUGAUAAUGUUUUCACAUAUAAAGGUGCUAAAUAUUUAAGUGAGGCUCUUGAGGAUGACAACUGUAAACUUACUGAGCUAGAUGUAAGUAGCAAUGGUUUAACAGCUGAAGGUGCUAAAUAUUUAAGCGAUGCUCUGAAAAGUGACAACUGUAAACUUACUGAGCUAUAUGUAAGUAGCAAUGGUUUAACAGCUGAAGGUGCUAAAUAUUUAAGUGAUGCUCUGAAAAGUGACAACUGUAAACUUACUGAGCUAUAUGUAAGUGACAAUGGUUUAACAGCUGAAGGUGCUAAAUGUUUAAGAGAUGCAGCUCUGGAGAGUGAUGGCUGUAAACUGUUUUGCUAA